AUGGCGACUGCAAUCUCCACCUGGAACAUCCUGCCGACCUUCCAUGCUCUCGGGGCUGCUGUUCUUCUCAUUUUGGUUCAUUCUGCAGAGGCCCAGACGAUCUUGUCGACAAUCGACUACAGUCCGCAGCAAGUGUCGACUAGCGGAAGCACCGUUGCUAUCAGAAUGGACAAGAGCGGGGGAGCCAGAGUCCGGACGUCAAAGCAGUAUUCUUACGGCACGUUCUCUGCUAACAUCAAGUGUCCUGCUGGGGACAUUAGCGGAUUUGUGCCUGCCUUCUAUACAAGCUCCCUCGAGGGAAGUGGCAACCAGGACGAGAUUGAUGUCGAGUUCCUCGGGAAGAACAAGGGGGCCAUUCAGACAAACUACUACGUGAAUGGUCAGGGCGGACGUGAGCAGAUGAUCUCCCUUGGCUUUGACUGCUCCUCUGCUUUCCACAAGUAUACAAUCCAGUGGACGAGCUCAAGCAUCAAAUGGUUCGUCGACGAUAAGCUUGUACGAACUGCAACCAACGACGGCAGCUCACCAUAUCCUACCAAGCCUAGCUACUUGUAUGCUUCAAUUUGGGACGCAUCUAGUGUGAACGGAGGAGCCUGGGCUGGAACAGCGACCUACGCGAAUGCCCCGUACUCUUUCCAACUGCAAGGGAUCUCCGCUUCUUAA